CAUUUGGGGGAUAUCUGUACCGUCCUGACAUUUGGGGGAUUUCUGUACUGUUCUGACAUUUGGGGGGAUAUCUGUACUGUCCUGACAUUUGGGGGAUAUCUGUACCGUCCUGACAUUUGGGGGAUAUCUGUACUGUCCCUGACAUUUGGGGGAUAUCUGUACUGUCCUGACAUUUGGGGGAUUCUGUACUGUUCUGACAUUUGGGGGGAUAUCUGUACUGUCCUGACAUUUGGGGGAUAUCUGUACUGUCCUGACAUUUGGGGGAUAUCUGUACUGUUCUGACAUUUGGGGGAUAUCUGUACCGUCCUGACAUUUGGGGGAUAUCUGUACUGUCCUGACAUUUGGGGGAUAUCUGU